AUGGAUUCCGAAGUCUUGAAUGGUGAGUAUCCAAACGUAAAAUGGAAUACGUCGUUAGAUAUUCCACUGAAAGAUUCCGAAGAAGUGGUCAGCAUUGACCUGGUUAACGAUCUGCCGGAGGAUCCUAGUGACUUGAAAACGCUGCUAGUGGAGGAGAACUCGGACAAAGAGCAUUGGCUAACAAUUGCUAUCGCUUACAGCCAGCGUGGACUGCUAAAGGAGUGUAUAAGCCUCGUGCAAAUGGCAUUGGAGGUUUUCCAGGGACCACAAUCGGCUGCACUGCAUACAUGCUUAACAUGGGCCUUUUUGAAGCAAGCCAAAAAGCAAUUAAUGGACUACAGCGAUCGGGAUAGCAGUUUGGUACAAGCAGAACACCAUCUCAAAGAGGCAAUUGGUUACGAUCCUUCUGGUGUUGGGAACAUGCUGGCUACGAUCGACCUGUACUACCAGAGGCGUCAGUAUGACAAAGCGCUAGAGACUUCCGAGCUCUUUUUACGCGGAAUCCACGCAGAAGAUCAGCGUCUCGGCCGUCUGUCAAAGCCCAACGUUCUCUUUCUCUUGGUAAGAGCCAAACUUUUCUAUCAGAAAAAAAACUAUACCGUGAGUUUAAGGCUUUUCCAAGAAUUGCUGGUUUUGAACCCUGUUUUGAAGCCUGACUCCAGAAUUGGGAUCGGGAUGUGCUUCUGGCAGCUAAAAGACUAUGAAAUGGCUCUUCGUGCUUGGAAACGUAGUUUAAAACUGGCACCUGAAAACCCCAACGUCAAAAUUUUACUUCUACUGGGCGAGUUCCAUAUGGCCUUGUCUAAUUCAGAGGAUGACGAGUCUUUCAAAAAACAAUUUACUGCUGCAUUGGAGCAACUGGGUAAGCUCAUGUCGUCAAAUAAGCAAAAUCCCGUCCUUUUAGUGCUUUGUCAGACCUACUGUUAUUUGAAAUUCGAUUUUGAAAAGGUUAUAGAGAUCCACGAAAAACAAAUUGCUCCAUUUGCGUCUGGUUACUCUAAUACUGUGGUGUCGGAAUCUGCUUUCUGGUGUGGAAGAGCUUAUUAUGCCCUUAAUGAACCUCGUAAAGCAUUUCUCUUAUUCCAGGAGAGUCUCAAGUCUGACGAGGACAAUUUUCUGGCACGUUUCGGGCUCGGCCAAACGCAAAUAAAGAACAAUCUCAUCGAAGAAAGUAUUCUAACCUUCGAGAACCUUUACGCAACACACGAGAACAUCCAGGAAAUCAAUUACACUUUGGGUCUUCUACAUGGAGCCAAAUGCUUAGACUCAAAAACUUGGAAUUCAACGGCACCAGCUGAAAGAAACAAGUUGCUACAGAAAUCAAUCGAUUACCUCGAAAAGUACAUCAAACUAACCAAAGCUAAAAGGAAUCAAAUCGUUGUUGUGAGGGCUUACCUUAUGUUGUCAGAACUAUAUCAGCUGCAAAAUGAAUACAAGACAUCUCUGGAAGUACUCUCCCGUGCUAUCGAUCAGCUGCAGGCUGGCAGCGAAAACGUCGUUCCAAUCGAAAUUUACAAUAAUCUUGGAUGUUUACAUUUCAUUAACGGGGAUCGGGACGAGGCUCACAAGUAUUUUGAGCAAGCUUCCAAAUUGGCUCACAGUGCUAAGGAAGAACCGGCAUCCAUUACUAUCCAGUUCAAUAGCUCGAGAGUUUUCGAAUAUGCAGACCCUGAAAAAGCACUUCACAGCUAUGAAAAUCUCUUGGCAGCACACCCCAGCUACAUCCACGCCAAGAUAAGGUAUUUGUAUCUUAUGGUCAUGAAAUCCAAGAGUGAAAAACUUGACAGCCAGGCCGACGAAUUGUUAGAGCAACAUCCCUCAGACCUCGACGCUCGUUCAUUCUACACUUGGUUUCUGAAAAACGGAUCGACGCAAAAGAAAAGUGAAAAGACUGAGGGCUUGGAAACCAAUCACAAUCGUGAUACCCUUACGAAGUAUGACUCGCACGACUCUUACGCUCUGCUUUCUCUUGCUAAUCUAUAUGUUAUUAUUGCAAGAGAAUCCAAAAAGCUACCAUCAGCCAAAGAACAAGAUAAGUCUAGGCAAUCUUUUAUGAAAGCGAUUCAACUUCUACAGAAGGUUUUGCAAGUGGAUCCGUUCAACAUUUUCGCAGCCCAGGGCUUGGCUAUCAUAUACGCCGAAAACAAGAGGUUCGGGCCCUGCCUUGAAAUUCUAAGAAAAGUUAGAGAUUCUCUGAAUAAUGAAUCUGUUCACAUAAACUUAGGUCACUGCUUGUUGGAAAUGCAGGAACAUUCUAAGGCAAUCGAGAAUUAUGAGAUCGCGCUGAAGCAGUUCACGAAUGAAACUUCAAGGCCUUUGUUACUAAACUUGCUUGGCCGCGCUUGGUAUUCUCGUGGUGUGAAGGAAAAGUCUCUAGAGUGCUACGAAAAGUCUCUGGAAUAUGCCCAAGAAGCUUUGGCAGCUGAACAGCAAAAGGAAAAUUCCACAAUGCUUCAAAGCAUUAUGUUCAACGUGGCGCUGCUCCACUUUCAGGUGGCCGAAACGCUUCGUAGAACUUUGUCCAACGCGAGAACGCUGGACCAACUCGAGAAUGCUACAAAAGGCUUGAAAACUGCCUCCAAUCUGUUGAAACAACUGAUAGAUCAAGGUACUACCAUUAUGCCUAUUGAUGAACUAGAUCAACGUUUGCAGCUAAGUGAUACUACGAUGAAGACUGCUCUUGAGAGGUGUAUUACUGAACAAAAAGACCACGAAGCUGAAGUUGCCGAAAAAUUGGCAAAUGCAAGAAAAGCUUUUGAGGAAGGAGAAGUCAAGGAACGGGAGCAACGUAUGCGUCUAGAGCAGCAGGAGCGUGAACGUAUCGCCAAACAAACUGAAGAGUAUAACAAGCUCCAAGAAGAGGCGCGCAAGCUGAUGGAUGAACGCUCAGAAAUGGAUUCUUUGGAGCAUGUCAAAGAGUCUAAUCCUCCGCUGAGCGGGGAUGAGGAGUUCCAAGAAAAUGGUGACGGGAAGAAGAAAAAGAGAGCGAAGCGUACGAAAAAAGCUGAAGACGGGAAAGCCGCUUCCAAAAAAAGAGGAAGACUAAGAGAAUGGUUGUCGAUGACGAAGAUGAAAACGACAACGAGGACAAAUUGUCUGGUGGGGCAGAAGAAGCGAAGCCCGGCAGAAAAGGCAAAUCGAGAUACCUCUCGAAAGAAUUCAUUGAUGACAGUGAUGAAGAGGAUGAGGGGCUUGUUGACGACGAAAAAUCCGCCCAGCCUACUCCCACUAACAGCGAUGUCGACGAUGGAGAUGAUGAAGAGGAAGGUCUUUUCUAAGCUUCAAAGAAGCCUGAUCUACCGCCUGUAUAUAAACGAAACGUUAAAUAUUAGUUUUGUAUUAUAA